AUGGUGAACAAAGAAGAAACACUUUCUUUGGUGGAUGUGUCAAAAAUCUUGGUAGCUUUGAUGCAAAUAUCCAUAAAAGUGGACCAACAAAAUGAAGAUCUUUAUGAAAUUCAAAGGAAUGUUUUUCAAGGAGGGAAUCGCAUGGAUAAUGCUUGCCUUGGACAAAGAAAGGUACAAUAUGAUUAUGGUAUUGAUGGUGGUUUCCAACGGAGUAAUUGCUACCAAGAAUAUGACUUUCAAGAAAGAGAAAGGAUAAGAAGAAUCCGAUAUUAUGCGUCGAUCGAAAAAUAUCGUGCACAAGAACAUCAAGAUCCCUUCAUACCAAGUCAAGAAGCUAUUGCCAAGACAAUGAUGAUUAAAGAAAGAACAAGACUUUGUCAAGCUGAAGAAUGGGAGUCUUAA